AUGAUACUCGUAAAAUAUCAGAUAAGAGUACAUUUCACUAAGAUACGCCAAGAAAAACCUUACUACAUAGCAGACCCAGAGGUCGACUCAUUAAUGGUGCAAGCGAUACAAGUACUACGGUUUCACCUAUUAGAAUUAGAAAAAGUGCACGAGUUAUGCGACAACUUCUGCCACCGCUACAUCAGCUGUCUGAAGGGCAAGAUGCCCAUCGACCUGGUGAUCGACGAGCGGGAGUCGGCGCGGCCGCCGGACGCUAACGGCGAGCCCCGCUCGGCGCCGGACAGCUCGCACGACGGCGCAUCCACCCCGGACGUAGUGAGUACCCCCUACACAAAGUCCCAUCUCAUUCAGAGGCGCGAUCCCCAGCUAGCACCCAACUCGACCACGAGCUAUCUCGUGCACCCCUGUUCUUAGUCUGGCCAUUGCAAAAACGAAGUCUCUAAGGGGGUGCUCGCAAUUUAGUCCCAUUUCCCGCCUCCCUGCUUGUAACAACGCGUCCGUGUGUGUCGCCAGACACACUAGGACGCGCUAGCUUUAAAUUCCUUAGAACAAAUCUUCGUUUUUGCAAUUGGCCAACCUCUUGCCACUGUACGAUGAAUGAAUUCAUUGAACAUUUUUAAAUUAUAUUAUAAAAUUUUCUUUUCAUAAAAUUUUACAUUACCAAAACGUUACAGUGAAGGGGUGAGAUCGGGUGCGGUGGUUCAAAUGAGCCAUUUAUGAUCGUUUUCUUAAAGAAUAUUGGCGCCGAUAUUCGAAACUAUUUGUUUGCACCGAAAUUUAUGUAUACGAUUGAAAAAUACAUACGUAUAACGUUGAUUGUAAUAUGUGUAUACUAAUACGUUAGUGAGUAAAUAAAUAAAUAAUUCCUCUAGAGCAAAUUCGCUGUCUCGAGAGGCACCAAUCUGAUUCCAACGCCAUACUUAGCUACGCGUUCCGAGCUUAGAUUAAAAAAAAACUAAUUAGAUUUACUUAAAAAAAAAAACUAUUCAAAAACGAAGUAUACGUAAAAAUACAACUUUAACUUGCCUAAGUGAGAUAAUAAGGUUUACUUAAGAGUUUUAAAUUAUUGUAAUUGGUUUGACGGUGGUAGAUGCUAGAAUGUUAUUGUUUUGGCUAGUAAUACAACAUAAUGAUAUACGUAAAUACAUAUUUCGCGCGAUUUAUUACGUUUACUAUAUUGGAUAGAAGCACAAGGAUACGAUUUAGUUAGUGAAAAACAAAAAUACGUAUACAGUAUACGCUAGUUGUAAUGAAGGUCCGGGGGCUCACCUGCAUUUAGUACGUGUUCAUUUUCGAUACAUAAUAUUGCGAAUCGUAUAGGAAUGCAGGUGACUGCCAUUCACGGACAAAUUAUAAAUAUAUAUAUGUAUGUGCGUUAUAAAUAGAGAACUAGUUGCUUCUACAGAAUAAAGUAAUAAAAAGAUAGCGGUGACAUUGUGUUCCGAUAUGACGAUCCAUUUCUGCCCAUUCUCCUCCUGCAUUAUAAAAUAAUUGAUACAGUAACUUUAGGUAAAUUAAGAUAAUUACGUUUAUUGCUGUAUUUUUGUACAUUGCAUGAUGUUAAUGUUUUUUAAUGACUUUGAUUAUGUAUUAUCAUUUACUGGAUGGAUCCAUUAGACGAAAUCUACAUUGGUUCGCGAUUCGGAUCGACAUGUGACAUCACUAUGUUGUUUCAUAAUUUUUAAGGGAUAUUUUUGGGCGUUGAGACUGAAUUGUUUUGUUUGUGUUAUAUAUUAUUAUUAUUUCCCAUUUUGUUAACAUUGAAGCCAUAUUGUCUGGGCUGAUGAUGCACUUGAACACUGCGAUGUUGACGCCAAGAUCGAUUUAAUUUUAUUGAACUAAAAUUACUUAGUUAUUUUUUGUCUGUAUAUGAGUUUUAACAUUUAAAAAAUUGUGUAGUUGGAACAUGUCUAAGUUAGGUUUUAGAAUAUACGAACGCGGUAGGUUUUUUCUGUGUUACGAAACUUAUUUUCUUAAAUCUAACUCGUAAAUGUAUAUUAAUAUAUGCUAUUUGGUGUACGUCCAUCUUGUAUGUCAAUGUGAUUAAUUUUAUAAUUUUAUUUUUUGAACGGAUUAAAUAAAAUGUUCUGUUUGAAAUUA